GCUAUAAGGCCGCGCGGCGGGGCCGCGAGCGCGCUGGGCAGUCGAGACAUCACCACCUCCCCCGAAAGCUCGCCACUCUCCUACUCCCCCCACCCGUCUAUCCAUCACGAGCAGCCCAGCGGCUGCAGAUAUGGCGUCGCCUCCGGCCGACGUGGACCUGGGCAAGCUCAGCUACGAGAUCUUCUCCCUGCUCGAGAGCAAGUUCCUCUUCGGCAGCGCGGCCGGCGUCGGCUCCGUGCCGGGCACGCCGGCGCGGGCGGCCGCCGGGGAGGACAGGGGCCGGGUGCGGGUGCUCGCGAUUGACGGGUGCGGGCCGGGCCCCGGCGACGCGCUGCUGGCGGCGGUCGCGCUCGCGAGGCUGGAGGCCGCGCUGCGGGAGCGCGCCGGGGACCCCGACGCGCGCGUCGCAGACUUCUUCGACGCCGCGGCGGGGGCGGGCGCCGGGGGCGUGCUGGCGGCGAUGCUGUUCCUCAAGGGGGAGGACGGGCGCGCGCGGUACACGGCGGCGGACGCGCUGGCGUUCGUGGCGGCGAGCCUCGGGAGGAGGCAGGGCGGGUGGGGCGGCGAGGGCGCGCGGCGGAGCCGAUGGGCGGCCCUGCUGUUCCGCCGCGGCGAGCGGUCCCCGCUGCGCCGGGUGUUCGGGGACGCCACGCUCAGGGACACCGUCGCGCCGCUGCUGGUGCCCUGCUACGACCUCGCCACGGCGGCGCCGUUCCUCUUCUCCCGCGCCGACGCCGUCGAGAGCGACAGCUUCGACUUCCGCCUCCGCGACGUCUGCGCAGCCACCUGCGCCGGCGGGGCCGCCGCAGCCGCCGUCCGGUCGGUGGACGGGCGCACGGCCAUCGCCGCGGCAUCGGGGGGCGUCGCCGCCAUGGGUAACCCCGCCGCGGCGGCCAUCACGCACGUGCUCCACAACAAGCAGGAGUUCCCGCUCGCCGUCGGCGUCGACGACCUCCUCGUCGUGUCCAUCGGCUCCGGAUCCUCCGCCGCCGCCGUGGCUGCAAGCGCCACCCCUUCCGGCGGCUGGCGGACGCCCAUCCCCCCGCGCUCGCCGUCGCCCGCCGAGAUGGUCCGCCUCACCGCCGAGGGCGUCGCCGACAUGGUCGACCAAGCAGUGGCCAUGGCGUUCGGGCACACGUGCGGGCGCAACUACGUUCGCAUCCAGGCGGCGUCGCCGGCGUGCUCCGGGAAGAAGGCGCUAAGCUCGCUGGACGCGAAGAAGGCGGUGGCUGUGGCCGACGGCAUGCUGACGCAGCGGAAUGUGGAGGCGGAGCUUUUCCGCGGGCGGCGCCUGUCGGAGAAGUCGAACCGGGAGAAGCUGGACGCGUUCGCGGCGGAGCUGGUGAAGGAGCACGAGCGGCGGGCGCGCAGCCCGGGCCUGCCCAACGUGGUGAUCAAGCAGGUGGCGGCGACGCCGCGGCCGUCGUCGGCCACCACCGCCUCCUCGGCCACCGCCACCGCCCGCACUGCCUCCACCAUGCCGUCCCCGGCGUCGCAGGGCUCGUACGGCCACUAGCCGCCGCCGCCCGUUCUAAGUUUUGUACAUGCCGUGGACAGAGGAAAGGGGGCUCUUUUUCCUUCGUUUUUUCUUUCUUUCCCGUUCUGUCAUUUCUUCCACGCCCGCGAGUCGCUGACACGCGGGCCAGGCCGGCAACGAGCUUGAACUAAGUUAUGUGAUAUGGGGAAGUAACUUAUAUGCCAAUCGAGGAAGGAUAAGAGCAAAUCACACCUUAUUGAGUUUCAUGCACCAACCAGUUUCGUAGCUUAACUUAACACCAGUAACGGUGGUCGCUAAAGUUUAGCUUAACUUUAGGUUUGGAUGUUUUUCAAAGCUUUUUUCGGCCUUAAUCUCCCUCCAAGUAGAUUGAAACGGACGUCACUCACCAUCAUAUCUUAGGCUUGAUGGUGCAUUAGAUGGGGUGUUAAUGGAGUACGUACUUGCGGAGACCAAUUGGUAUGUGCAAGCUUUCAUAUUUACUGGACCUGGCCGUGGGUACUGUCUCUCACCUCUCCUUCCUCCCAACAGCAGCACCUUCGCGUACUGGACCGAUGGAUUCAUGGAGGCUCUUUAUUUUGCCUGUGGCUUGCUUUCAAGUGAGGCCCGGGGAAGGGGGAAAGGAAAAGGAGGGAGGGGAAGUGUGAGACUUGAAGGCUGCAUAAAGCUGCUGCAAGUAGCUUCGGAUACGAGCAUGGUGGCGGCAAUUGCCUGGAGCUUGGUUUCCUUGUGUGUGCAGACUGCAGAGGACGAGGAUGUACGCCUACAAGUGCAAGCCAGCUGCUCAUGGUGGUGAAAUAUCUGCUUGAUUUGGUCAUGGAUUGUGUUGGCCAUGAUUAGCUUAGGAACUGUUUAGUGGAGCAGUAGAGCAUGUACUUGGAGUCUCUGCGAGAACAAAACGGGUCAACUAAAUGCCAUCUCAUGAGUUUUGUUUAAAAAGUUUCUGGAGUUGGCAGGAGUGACUAGCUUCAAUUCAAAGGUUCUUGAA